AUGGCAGCGGAGGAGGCUGCGGAGGCCGUGCUGGCGCAGCUGUCUCCCGAGCAGAGGCAGUCAGGGCGGGAGAACGAAGAGGAUGAGGAGGAGAAUCUCGAAGGCGGCAACGGCGAGACUGCAGCGCUUAAUGGUGUGGUUGUCUCUGAAAAAGUGGAAAGCAACAACCUGGAUGUGAAAGAGUCAGAACUGGAAAUUGAGGAAAAAGGAACAAGGGAAGAACCCACAAAGGAAUCUGAAAGCAACAUUCUCGAUGUCUCAUCUGAUUAUCCAAGAGAGAAGCAUAUUUCAAUUCAAAGAGAUUUUGCAGAGCUAGAGAAACUAGCUAAUCUGAAAGAAGAUGAAAAGAAGCCUUGUCCAUUAUGUUCUGAGGAGAAAUACAAAGCUUGCUAUAGUCAUAAGCUCCACCGGCACCUUCUGAAUUUUCACUGGAAAGUUUCUGUUGAAUUUGAAGGGUACAGAAUGUGCAUCUGUUACUUGCCCUGUCAUCCAGUAAAACCAAAUCUCAUUGGAGACCAGACAUUUUCAAAGAUGGGAGCCCAUUACCAUUGUAUCAUCUGCUCAGCAACUAUCACACGAAGAACUGACAUGAUCAGUCAUAUUAAUCGUCAUGUGAAUAAAGGAGAAACUGAAUCAAGGUUUAUUACAGUUCCUGCUCCAAAGAAUUCUCAUCAAGUGCUGAAAGAAUCAGCUACAGACGUGCGAGUUCUUCCUAACUACUCCACACCCCAGAAAACAGAUUCCUAUUUUAAUCCUAAAAUGAAACUCAACAGGCAAUUGAUCUUCUCUGCCCUGGCUGUCCUAGCUAAGGAACGUACACCCAUAGAAUGUUUGGAUGCUUUUGGUGCUACUGGUAUCAUGGGACUGCAAUGGGCAAAACACCUCCGAAGCUCUGUGAGAGUUACAAUUAAUGACUGCAAUGAAAACUCUGUGGCAAUGAUUCAGGAAAACUGCCAUUUAAACAAAAUGAAGGUGAAGCUGAACACCAAGGAAGAUGACAAUGAUGAAGCCAUGGGAGAUGGAGAAGACAACACUGACACCAUUGAGGUGACAAAAAUGGAUGCCAACGUCAUAAUGCAUUUGAGAUCUUUUGAUUUUAUCCAUUUGGACCCCUUUGGAACUACUGUGAAUUACCUGGAUUCUGCCUUUAGAAACGUGAGGAACCUUGGCAUCGUGUCACUGACUUCCACAGAUAUCAGUUCUCUGUAUUCAAAGGCCCAACACGUCGCCCUGCGCCAUUACGGCUGUAAUAUCGUCAGGACAGAGUACUACAAAGAACUGGCAGCCAGGAUAGUGAUUGCUGCUGUUGCAAGAGCUGCAGCUCGCUGCAACAAAGGCAUUGAAGUGUUACUGGCUGUAGCUCUGGAACACUUUGUUCUAGUAGUGGUCAGAGUUUUAAGGGGCCCAUCCUCUGCAGAUGAUUCAGCACGGAAAAUCAGAUACCUCAUCCACUGCCAGUGGUGUGAAGAGAGAAUUUUUCAGAAAGAGGGCAGUAUGCUAGAAGAAAACCCCUAUCAGCAGCUGCCUUGUGAUUGUCACGGCAGUAUGCCUGGGAAGACAGCAGUAGUUCUUGGUCCUCUCUGGUCAGGAGCCCUCUUCAAUGCUGGGUUCCUCAGAAGAAUGUAUUUUGAGUCUGCUCAGUAUGGUUUGGAUGAAGCUCAGUCACUUUUGAAGACAUUAGUUUGUGAAGCCGAGUGCACAACUUUAAAACAUUAUUCUAUCCAUGCUUCUUGUGAGGAGACCAAACAAGAAGAGUGUGGCGUAUAUAUUAAAACACCAAAUACUUCUCCAGAAUCCUUGGUACAUGGAAAAAGGAAAAGUGAUGAAGUGACCCGAAAUGUGAACAAGCGACAGAAAGCUGAGAACAGUGCUGAGCACCCUGCAUUUUACUACAACAUCCACAGACACAGUAUUAAAGGAAUGAACAUGCCAAAGUUAAAUAGGUUCUUGAACUAUUUGUCUGAAGCUGGCUACAGAGUGAGCAGAACCCACUUUGACCCGAUGGGGGUCCGCACGAAUGCACCCCUGGCACAGUUUAAGACAGUUCUGCUCAAGUACAGCACUCCCACCUAUGGAGGUGGGCAGGCGGAGGACGCUGAGGUGCUGGAGGAAGAUCGAUCCGGAGCUCUGGCUGCUGUGUUCACAAAAGACUGCCCUCCUCACUGUGCAGCUGAUUAAUGCCAGUCCCUUCCUUGGUAGAUCAGGAGGUGGCAGAAUUGCAAGCACAGCCUGUACAAGUAAGCCAGUAUUUCUUUCCAGACUGGAUUUUGACGGUUUGAGUUGUCUGCUCUUUCAAUUUGAAAAGACCUUUUAGGAUUACAUAGAGCUUACCCUGGAUCACAGCGUGUGUGGUCCAAGGUACUGUUACUUUGAGAAGGUCUCUGAGUCAGUUACUUUCUUUUAGGCUCACAUCCACCUUCACACUAAGGCAUUGUGGCUGCUCCUCAGUCUCUGUCAAAGCCUUUAUGCUGGCACAGAACCAAGAGGGUGGAUGGGGUCAGAAGUCUUCACACAUUUCUGAUCAUGAGGUUACUAUGA